CGGAGCCGCUCCAGGAGCAGGCGGCUGUGUUCCCGGCGUGCGCCAUGGAGCCGGACUGCUGGCUGAUCGGAGGCGAGUUCGAAGACUCGGUGUUCGAGGAAGGACACGAGCGGCGGCCUGGGCCCCCCGCGCCCUGCGGCGCCAAGCACUGCGAGCCGCAGUGGUUUGAUGAAGAAACAGAGAGCAGUGAUGAUGUGGAAGUUCUCACUGUCAAGAAGUUCAGAGGAGAUCUGGCGUACAGACGUCAAGAGUAUCAGAAAGCGCUACAGGAAUAUUCCAGCAUCUCUGACAACUUGUCCCCUACCAACUUUGCCAUGAGAAGAGACGUCCAGGAAUCCCAGGCUCGCUGUCUGGCUCACUUGGGAAGGCACCUGGAGGCACUGGAGAUCGCUUCCAACUUGGAAAAUAAAGCAACCAACAUAGACCACUUGACUGCUGUGCUCUACCUCCAGUUUGGUAUUUGUUCGAGUUGGCCAAACUUGGAGAAAAUGAUCUGCUGCCUGCAGAAGAUGAUCGCUCUGCAUCCGUUUGAUCCUUGGACCUGGGGCAAGUUGGCAGAGGCUUACCUGAGCCUGGGGCCAGCUCCUUCGCCAUCUUCUGCAUCACUUCAGGGACACAACAGUUUCACUUCCAGUGACAAAACUAUCCAAUCUGCCUUUCCACAUUCACAAAGAGACUGUCUUUUGUGUUUUCCUGAAACCUUGCCUGAGAGCUCUGUGUUUUCCAUGGAAGCAAGAAGAGGUAAUAGCCAGAAACACGAGAACACCCUGGAAAGGAUUCCAAACAGUGGGGCAGAGAAGAGUGGGAGCACGUUGCCCGAGACACAGAUGAAAGCAUGCGCCUCUUUGAUGCGUGCCAGGCUUUUGCUGCAGCUCACCCAGUCUCAGCAGAUGUCCUUUGCUUUGGAGAAGAACUUAAGGACUCAGCAGGAAAUUGAAGACAAAAUGAAAGAAUUCCACUUCCAAGAGGCCACCCUGCUGCGGAUCGCUGAGGUUAUGGGAGAAGAUAUCAUCCCAGAAAAAAUGAAGGAUGAAGUUUUCGCAGAGGCGAGGAGUGGCUCUGUGCCACUGCCUGGCCAGGUCUCUGCCUCCCUGGAAGGGUUUGAAGACAGGUGGUUCAGGAAGAUCUCGAAAGAUCACUUCCACAGUGAGAUACAGACUGUGGCCUGAGCCAGGCACAGAGACCAUGGCCUUCGUCAGCAGAUGAUUGGGAUGGAAGAGGAGGGCUGGAGGAGCUCUUUGUAGCUAGAAUUACCAGCAAACCUGGACAUUGUGGUCUUUUAUUCCAUCUCGCUCAACAUCGGGGAUGGACCAGAGCAGUCCUGAGGACUUCCCUUGAACACACCUGCUGCCUGCCUCGUCUUCCCGUGAGCGACCCCGCACAUGAAACAGAAGACUGCAUGGUUAAUGGGAAUUUGGACUUCAGAGCUGUGAGAAAGUGUGAGGGUCCCACAGCAGCUCCCUGGGAACCCCGUGCUCUCCGCCACGGCAGCAGCCGCGUGACAUGGGUUGUCAGAUUUGCCUCCAGUGGUGGAGCCCGUCGCCCCUGCUCCCCACCUGCAUCCUCAUCGUCCAGGAGGCACCCUGGGGAGGGCCUAUCCCUGUGGAGUUGGGCCACCAGCACCCCAGGAGGCUGCUGCCACCUGACAGUGCAGCUUUUCCCAAAGAUGGCCUUCACUUUAGGAAGUCUUGGUCAAAAGCGCUACAAAAUGAAUACAAAACCAGUUUUAAAAAAUUA